AUGAGCAACAUCUUCGACUCGCAGACGGCGUCCGUAGAGAGCUCGCAGAACCCGCUGUCCGGCCUUUGGAAGCCUGCUCACCUUCAACGCCUCUACUAUGGCUCGGGAUCUGUUAAGAAGAACCUCACCGAGUGCUUGCCGAAGGAGUCGUCGAAAGCCUUCAUUGUCACCGGCAAUUCGCUGUCGAAGACGGGCUUGAUCAAACAGGUGGAAGAGCUGUUGGGCACGAAGCAUCAUGUCGCUACAUACUCGAAGAUCGGGCAGCAUGCCCCAAUCAAACAGCUGGAUGAGGCGACAGAGCAGGUCAUGAAGGACAGUGACAUCGAUACCAUCAUCUCUGUUGGCGGAGGCUCCCCUAUCGAUUCUGCUAAGGCCAUCUCUUACCGAGUGAACGAGCGGCAGCCGGGGAAGUUUCUCUACCACAUUUCCAUCCCUACCACCCUAAGCGCAGCAGAGCCGACUAUGGCAGCUGGCUAUACAAACGAGGAGGGCAUCAAGACAGGUGUCGCACACCCCGAGCUCGUACCGCACGUCAUCAUCUACGACAGCACGUAUGCGCUCGAGACUCCUCCUUGGCUGCUCAUGUCCACCGCUAUGAGGUCGAUGGAUCAUGCUAUGGAGUUGAUGUACCACCCCACGUCGACAGAAAUGCCCUGCAGACAAAUGGCCAUGUAUGCCGCCGGCGAGCUCUACGACAACCUGCCGAGGUACAAGUCCAACCCCAAGGACGAGCAAGUCAUCACCCGACUGCAGCUCGCCGCCUUCGCAUCUCUCGGUUUCCUAGCACUGAAUGUCAAGGGCGGGCUUGGCCUUUCGCAUGGCCUUGGCUAUGCACUGGGUUCGCCCUACGGCAUACCCCAUGGCAUCACAUCAUGUCUCACGCUCGGCCAUGUCGUGAAGCUGAAGGCCGAGAGUUCGGACGACGACGCGGCGCAGAUUGCACGUAUGGCGUCCCGGGUGGGUGUCAAGCCGUCUGGCGAUAACAAGAAGGACGCCGUGGCUGUGGGUGACGCGAUACUGGACCUAGUCAAGCGACUCGAUCUCCACACGACGCUGACGGAGAAGGGCGUGUCGAAAGAUGAUGUGAGCAAGAUCACCAAGAUGGCGACGAGGCAGGAGUCCGGCCCGUUGUAUGAUAAGGUAGCCAAGCUUGUGGAAGGCUUGUAUUGA